AUGGGUAACAACAAAAGAGUCCUGCUGGCCACGUGGCUUCUAUCCGUGUUGCUCUCCGCGGUGCUUGCACAAUUCGAGCCGCCCGUCUCGGGUGGUCCCCCGGGAAAACCGUGCUCCUCGUCGUUUCAUUGCUGGCGAACCGAACCAAUUAAUGUAUUUGGAGAGCCUGUUGGAUUAUCAACUCAAGUGACCCAGGAACGUAGGGACUCGUGGACCCAGGGACCCAGGGACCCAGGGACCCAGGGACCCAGGGACCCAGGGACCCAGGGACCCAGGGACCCAGGGACCCAGGGACCCAGGGACCCAGGGACCCAGGGACCCAGGGACCCAGGGACCCAGGGACCCAGGGACCCAUGGACCCAGGGACCCAGGGACCCAGGGACCCAGGGACCCAGGGAUCCAGGGACCCAGGGACCCAGGGACCCAGGGACCCAGGGACCAAGGGACCCAGGGACCGCUGAAAUCAGAUAA